AUCAGCCUGUGAUCCUUUUAGUGGAAUUUGUACUACAGGUGGAUGUCAGUCUGGCUGGUCAGGGAAUAAUUGUCAAAUUCCUAAUAUAUGUGAGGCUGGUUAUUAUGGAUCUCAAUGUAUUGAUAAAUGUCAUUGCAUGGAUGAUGUAUCAUGUGAUAAAACAACAGGAGCAUGUCCUCAGAAGUGUGCCUUAGGAUACGGCGUACGUGAUGGUCAGGAAAAUUGUCAAGAGUGUGAAGGAGGAACCUUUGGUCUGGAUUGUCUUCAGCAAUGCCACUGUGCUCAAGAAGCCUGUGAGAUACAAAGAGGAUUGUGCAAUGGACAGUGUCUUGAUGGCUGGAUAGAACCAUACUGUCAAAGAAUAUCACGCUAUGACGUAGUAAGAGUAAAUCCAUACCAACCAUCAAUCAUUACAUGUUAUGCUGAGGGGAUUCCACUUCCUGAUGCCUCAUCAGUUGAUCUUCGUCGGCGUAUUGAUACCAACACUUACAAUACCACAGGAAUCACCAAGCGAUCAAGCUCUGUAGUAGGGUCGGAACGGGCUGUUCUCUUUGAUAUUGAAAAUGUUUAUCCACCAGAAGAUGGAGACUAUGGUUGUGGUCUCAUUUUAGAAAACCAGUUCUACUCAACAAGCAUCACUAAAGCAACUUAUGUUCUUCCUGUCAUAAGUACGGCACCAUCUACUAUCAGCACCACGUCAACUACAGUAUCUCUACGAUGGAAUGCCUGGUCUGCAGGAGAAGACAUAGGUGAUCCUCCCCUUAUAGGAUAUGAUGUAUUUGUAAGAAAAGAUGGUUACUGGGUUAGAGAUCAGAGAAUAGAUGACUCUAUCACUUCAGCUACUGUUAGUAACUUGACUCCUGACACAGACUACAGGUUUCGUGUUGCAGCCGUGAGGGAAGGAGAGGGUGGAACAGGUCCAUGGUCUCCAAGGAUUGAUGCAAUCACUCUUUGUACACCACCAAUGUCUCCCCCAGCUGGAAUACAGGUGACAGCCAACAAUCCUAAAGAACUAGAAGUGACAUGGGAGUUCAUCUCUUUGGAAUCAGCAAAUUGCAGAAGUGGUGUGACCCAUUAUAUAAUUUACUAUGCUCUCUUUGGUUCAUCGUCCACAAACUCUCGCAUAGUUUCUAAUGAUACACGCUCCUAUACAAUAACAGGGUUAGAGACCUAUCUGGACUAUAUCAUUCAAAUAAGUGCUUCAAAUAAAGAUGAGGAAGGUGACAAGAGCAGGGAGACAACUGGCAAAACACAGGAAGAAGUUGCACCAGCUCCUAUCAACGUGGCCUUACCAAGAAGUACCGAAAGUUCUUUCACUGUGUCGUGGUCCACUCCUCUCCCACCGAACGUAAAUGGUCGUAUUCAGAUGUACAACAUUCGCUUCAAGCAAAGUGAUCAAGGAGAUGAUGAUGAUUAUAUCAUGGAAAAUGUGUUGACAGUUGCAUUUGAAGCAGAACAUACUGUGACGAAUCUUCUGUAUGGUGUUAACUAUACUGUUCAGGUCCAAACCGUGAAUGGAGCUGGUUCUAGUAAGUGGUCGUACCCAGUCAUAGCUAGGACCAUCCUUACUGGUCAUCACUGUAGCGGGGCGCAAGUGGGCACGAUAAUUGCAGGCGUUUCAAUACCUCUAAUCAUCAUCAUCAUCUUCCUCAUCAUUCUCAAUGUUGUUACCUAUAGAAGGGCCAGGCUAAGACAUCCAGUCACCGAAUCGCCAAGAAACACUGCACGUGAGCAAUCCCCAAAGUAUGAGAACCCUGUAUUUGAUGCGUCCACGCGCACCAGCAAAAAUGUGGAUAAACACACAUACCAAGAUCUCGAUAUCGACACUAGGGACUACCAGAACCUUACUGACCCCCACACAUAUCAGGGGCUUAAGAAAACUAGCAUCGAUACCUCGCAGCCAACCAGUGUCAGCCAACCAGAGCCGGAAAUCACUUAUGAAUACAUUUAGAAUCGACUCCAAUGCACAGUUCCACUGUCGAAUUACAGAAUGAAGCAAGUGCCAGAAGUGAUGUGCAUGUCUAUCUGUGUGUGAGGGCGGAAGGGUGCGUCUGUGUGUGUGUUUGUGUGUGUGUGUGUGUGUGUGUGUGUGUGUGAGAGAGUAAUAAGUUAAUAUAAGUGUCAAUAAUGAAUAAAUGUGUGAGUAUGGGUGUGAAAAAUGAAUAUCAGAUUGGGUAAGUAUGAUGGGCAGAAUAAAUAUGGGGAUGUGGGUGAGCAUGGGUGAGAACAUGGUGAAGAAUAAAUAUCAGAUUGUGGGUAAGUAUGGUGAACAGAAUGAAUAUGAGGGUGUGGGUGGGGAUAGUGAGAAGAAUAGAUAUAAAGAUGUGGGUGAGUAUGGGUGUGAAGAUUGAGAGUGUUUGUGAACAUAUUAUGAAGAAUGAAUAUGAGGGUGUAAAUGAUUAUGUGUGUGAGUAUAGGCGUGAUUUACGAAUAUAAGGAUGUGGGUGGGUAUCGGUGGGAAGUACAAGAUGAAGGAGUGGUUGUGUAGUGAUAUGAAGAAUGAAUACUGUGUGAUCACAAAUAUGAGGGUAUGGGUGAGUACGAUAGUGUGAAAAAAAAAACAAUAUCACUGUGAAGAUACUAUGAGAGAGUGUGUGAGAUUAUGCAAAGCAUAAAUACGAGAGUGUGUGGGUACAGGUGUGAUAAAAGCAUUAUUUUGAUCUGGUUAGUACAUGUAUGAGUGUGAAGAUGUAGGAAAAUCUUAUUGAGAAAUAAAUAAAUAGUGAAUGUCUUUGAUGAGAAAGGGAGAAGAACAUUUAUAUUUGAAUUAAACUUAAUUCUACUGAGUUUGUAAUAUUUGUUUAAUUGUUCUAAUAAGUAUGUGUAUGAAAAAAAUUAUGUUUUUUUUGCAUUUACAUAUUCAAUGAUUAUGUAGCAAUAUUCAUGUUUGAAAGAGAAAAGAAUAUAUAUCAUUUAAAACGAAACUAUAACAGUAUAACUGGUCAGAGAGGGGCGCUUAAUCGGUAUUCAAGAAUAGGUAUUGAAAUGAACAUGGGAGAAAAUAUGUGAACCAACGUUCUCCCCCCCCCCCCGAAAAAAAAAGGAAUGUUCUUUGAAAAUAGCUAAAACAGUCAUUAAUUUAGUCGGC